AUGCGACCCCAGUACGAUGGCAUGGUGCACUGCAUGAAGACCAUCUGGAAGCUGGAAGGGAUUAGAGGUCUCUAUCAGGGUGUGACCCCCAACAUCUGGGGGGCCGGGGCAUCGUGGGGCCUGUACUUCCUCUUUUAUAAUGCUAUUAAAGCGUACACGCAGGAGGGACGGCAAACAGAGCUGAGUGCUGGCGAACACCUGGUGUCUGCAGCGGAGGCAGGUCAGUUUGAGAAAGAGCCACCUUGCAGCAGUCAUACCAACCCGGUCUGGGUGACAAAGACCCGGCUGGUGCUGCAGUACAAUGCAGACCCUUCACGGAAGCAGUACAAGGGAAUGAUGGACGCCCUCGUGAAAAUAUACCGUCACGAGGGUAUCCCGGGACUCUACAGGGGUUUCGUGCCUGGACUGGUGGGGACUUCCCAUGCUGCACUGCAGUUCAUGACCUAUGAGGGGCUAAAAAGAGAGCAGAACAAAUACAAGAAGAUGCCAUCUGAAUCGCUGCUGUCUCCAUUGGAAUACAUCACCAUGGCAGCCAUUUCCAAAAUAUUUGCUGUAGCAGUGACCUACCCGUACCAGGUGGUGCGCGCUCGCCUGCAGGACCAGCACAACAACUACAGCGGCAUCGUGGACGUCAUCCAGAGGAUGUGGAGCAACGAGGGGAUCGAGGGCUUUUACAAAGGCAUGGUCCCAAACCUGGUGCGAGUCAUUCCAGCGUGCUGCAUCACAUUUUUGGUGUUCGAAAAUGUGUCGCGCUUACUUUUGGGCGAGUAUCACUAAAGCUUCAGGUGCGCUCGCACCAAACGCAGCCACGGACCAACUCAACGCAAUAUACCAGGACUGUGUGAGUGUGUGUGAGAGAGUGUGUGAGAGUGUGUGUGUGUGUGUCUGUGAGUGUGUGUG